AUUCCUUCAUGUCACUGUUAUCAGAUGGCCCGGCGCACUCUCUGCGUGCCGGUCAGGGGCAGUCUUCCCCAUUUCUGCCCAGUUAUCUUCUCGGGGACAGCCAGUCUAGAAAUUACUCAGUGUCAUCUCCUCGGCUUUGGAACGCUGGGACAAGCCAUGGUUUGACACAAACAGCAACUAGCAGUACUGGCCUGAUGAGGGACAUAGCGAAGGGAAACAAUGGAGGCCCUCCAGUGACUGGUCUGUUCUCGAACCCCACUCUACAGGAUACACCCUAUACCGGUAUGCCUGGGUAUAGUCGGACUAAGUCGUCGCCAGCAUUGAAAAGGGUGAUUGCUCCAACAAGGAUUGGAUUGCUGCGUACCAGCGUAGGGUCACAGGGAAGCACAAGCCUAGAGAUGUUAAACCAAAGACAGCGGGAGUCAGUCUCCAAGUCUCAGACGGGCCCAUUUCAAACUCCAGGACCAUUUCAAACGCCAGGACCGUCUCAGCCGGAUCCAUUUCACACAAAAGGAGACUUGUAUUCCAGCGAUGUUCUAGAUGAAACUUGGGUCACUGUCUUUGGAUUUCCCCCAGGCGCUUCAUCUUUCAUCAUACAACAGUUCUCCCAGUAUGGGACAGUUAUCAAACAUAUAAUCCUAUCAGAAUGCAACUGGAUGCAUAUACAUUACAUGACCAAGAUACAAGCAAAGAAAGCUCUCAGUAAAGAUGGCCGCAUAUUUGGAGGGUGCAUGAAGAUUGGUGUUGUCCCGUGCACAGAGAAGAGUGUAAUAGAAGAGAGGAAACGACAUUUACAAGACACAAUGUCUACAUCAACGUCUGAUACAGGGUUCGGCUCAAACACGCCGCUGCGACCGCUGACCGCUGCAUAUGUUGCUACAAGAAGUGACUAUGAGGUUCUCAGAGGCAAGCCUGUCCCUAGACGCGAUGCUAGCUUUGUCUCUAGGCUCAAGGAGUACGUCUUUGGCUACUAA